UCAUAUAAUAUUAGUUGAGGAAAGGUACAAGGGCAAGCAAGUCGUUAAAUUUAUCGUAAUUCGUCAGUGACAAAUUGCAAUAUGGCCGUCACAAUUGAACUGAAAUUUAAAAAAAUCUGCGAUGGUCUCGACGGAUCUGAGGGGCCUGUCUUCAAUACAAAGGGAGACUUCUACGCGGUGGCACCGAUGCCAACUUUGGAAGAUGGAAGGGUCGAAGAAGCAUCUCAGUUUUUGGACAAGAUUGCCGGAAAUUUACAUAAAGUAAAUUUAUAUACUGGUGAACAUGAGGUCGUAUGCACUCCUCAAUUUGAAGGAUAUGGUGGAAGGCCCGCCGGGUGCCAAUCCGACAAAAAUGGGAAUAUUUGGAUAGCUGAUAUGAGACUCGGAAUACUAAAGUAUUCACCCGAAGACGGCAAAUGCCAACAAUUGAGCAAAGUCGACAGCUCGGGGAAUGCCCUAAAUGGUUGUAAUGAUCUCGUUUUUGAUAAAGAUGGAAACCUUUGGGUAACAGGUCCCGGGAGUCCAAUUGCACCUUCAGCCGAAGACAGAACAUUAAUAUUUCAGAAACCUUCCGGCCGUUUAUACUUUCUUGAAAAUGGUAACACAAUUCCAGUUGCAAUGGAUGAAACAUUUAGGUUUUGUAAUGGUAUUGCUAUCCGCGACAAUUUGCUGCUUGUUGCUGAGACAAUGACCAGAAGCAUUAUUGCAUUUGAUGUGGUCUCGUCGGGUAAAUUAUCUAACAGAAGGGUUUGGGCAACGUUACCAAAAGCUGAUUACGACAAUCCAAUGAAUGUUGGGGGACCAGAUGGAAUGGAUUUUGAUGUCAAUGGAAAUUUACUUGUAGCACACCACGGAGGUGGUCAUCUGGAAGUAUUUUCAGCAAACGGAGUUUUGAAAACCAGAAUUAAAUGCCCGUUCAAACAACCAAGUAACUUACAUUUCAAGCCUGCUUCUCGAAUCUGCUAUGUUACUGAACAUGACUUUAACGGAGUUUGGGAGUUCGAGUGGGAAUGCGAGGGAAUGCCCAUGUAUCACUUCACAAGUCAAUGACCUGGUUUUUGUCUUUCACAUAUCGUGUUUAUCGUUAAGUUAUUUGCAACAAAACCCAAUAACUUGUUGGCAUUAACUUGCUAAAGACAUUUAGAGGCUCUAUUGGCAGGAAAGACUUUGGUGUCCUAUAUAUAAUAUAUAAUAACAGGAAUGUAACAAGUAUUUCAUGUUGCCUGAAAUUGAAAGUAAGUUUUAGUAUUAAUUACUCAUUCAAGGCCAAAUCAUGAUUAAUUUUCAUAUUUUUCAAAAAUAUUUCUCAUGCCUAUAAACAUCUAGGACAUUGGUGUCCUGAGCACGCACUUCUUUUGCUUAGUGGUUAAAUUGGCGCUGACUACAGCAUCCUUGAUUUAUUAUACGCCUACAACUGAAUACAGUCUAGAUAUUAACCCAACCUGAUACCUUAAGUGAAAUCGAAUAUUAAUGAUAUUGAAGUUACGGUGAAAUGCUAUUUAAACGUUUUAGGACUUGCGAUUUUUAACAGUAUUACUGUUAAUACAGUAAUAUUAGCCAGUAUUACUGUUAAAAAAAGGUCAGUUGAUGAAUAUUUUAAGUAGCAUUUCACCGUAAGUUCAAAGAGUAACGGUUAAAUGCCAUUUGAACGUUGAACGACUGGCUUUUUUUUAACAGUAUUACUGUUAAAAACGGUCAGUCAUUACAUAUUUUUCACCGUAACUUUAAAGAGUAACGGUGAAAUGCCACUUAAACGUUGAACGGCUGGCUUUUUUAACAGCAAUACUGUUAAAACCGGUCAGUCGUUUAACGAUUAAAUGGCAUUCCACUGUAAGUUUAAUACUUCGUUCGAAAAAUGUCAAUUGUCACUUAAUCGGAUAUUUGUUUUUUAUACAUACCAGUAUUUAAAACUGGAGUAGUGCACCGUUACUUCAAUAUUCCUAAUGGCUAAAUACCGAUUCCGGGACAGUAUAACCUGUCCAGGGCCGGAUCAUGCUUUUCCAGUUUAGAGGCCAGGUUUUCUUGGUGUCCUAAGCACGUGAUUAUUUUGCUCCAGCUCUGCUAAUAAGAAGUAAGCACCUCAACUUUUAUUAUAACUGCAGCACACCACUGUAAAAAUUGAGAUGCUUAUUAGGACACUGCGAGUGAUAAAUUAAAAUUUUAAAGGUGUCGCCUGUUACAAAAGCUAUCUACGCCGUCCUUGUACUACAGCUAGAGUUCUAACAAUUACUGACUGUACUCGUAUUACAUCUUACUAUCUUAUUUAAUCGACGUGAAAUCGUAAACAAAUUAGCCUAAAUAAAUACCAACAAAAAUGUUUUUUUUUAGCGUGUAGUGUCGAAAUCAUAAGUGGAAAUAUUUCAUGUGAUUUUGUGUGUUUCGUGCAUGCAUUAUGAAAUACAUAAAAUUUUGAUGAAUAAAUUCUAUAUUAUUUCAA